UGUUCUUCUCAUUUCCGGGUAGCUAACUCAGUUGUCACGUUGAAAAAAAACUUCGAAAUCCAAUUGUCUGAAUCCAGACACAGAAAUUCAUCAUUCUGGUUUUUAAACAAAUCCUGAGAGGUUUAGGACGUAGGACCUUGUUUCACUCUGUAUCACACAGAAUGACGAUGUACAAUGUAAUGUUUGUCCUAGGAGGUCCUGGUGCAGGAAAGGGUACCCAGUGUGAGAAAAUAGUCAAGGAAUAUGGCUAUGUACAUUUAUCUGCUGGUGAUCUUUUAAGACAGGAAAGAAAUAGACAAGGAUCCCAGUUUGGGGAGGAAAUACAGUCUCACAUAAAAAAUGGAACAAUAGUACCUGUUGAAAUUACAUGCUCUCUCUUAAGAAGGGCAAUGGAAAAAAGUGAAGGAAAAGACACAUUUUUGAUAGAUGGCUUUCCUAGGAAUCAGGAUAAUUUAGAAGGAUGGAAAAAAGCAAUGGAUGAAAUAUCUGUUGUGAAAAUGGUUUUAUUUUUCAACUGCUCAGAGGAAGUAUGUGUGCAAAGAUGUCUAAGUCGAGGACAGACUAGUGGUAGAGCAGAUGACAAUAUGGAUAGUUUAAAGAAAAGAAUACAUACAUAUUCAAACUCCACAAUGCCAAUUAUAGAAUAUUAUAGAAAAUUAGAUUUAUUAAAAGAAAUCAGUGGUGAAAAGUCUGCAGAUGAGGUGUUUGAAGAAGUUAAGAAAGCUAUAUCAACGAUUAGUUCUUAACAGUAGUAAUAUUUAUAUAUUUAUUUUAUCCGUGGGUUUUUAUGUGCAACUUUUUAUUAAAUGUGAUUGUUAACUGCCAUACUCUCAGUCUACAAACAUGCUGUUAAUCCUGUUAUAAAAUGUCUCACCAAAUCAAUUAUAACAUGCCUCAAAACCUGUAUAGAUUAUUAAAGAUGGCUUGAUUUGAUAGUAUGAAUUGCUCUUAUACACUUUUAGUGAAUUAUCAGUUGAAAUAUAUCAUUUAGCAUUAAUCCAAGUCAUUUCAUACUACUUCAAAUUUACUUUUUGGAAAAAAAAACAUGAAAAAAUAAGUAUUUGUGGCGUUAAUUGUUUUACAUAGUGAAUAUUAAUUUCUGCUACAUUGCAUGAAGAAAACAUCGAUAAUUCUAUGUAUUUUUUAUGAAACAAACAUAUUUGUCUUCUCUUCAUUGUGCCAUGACUGAUGCUUCAUACUGCAGGGAAGGUUUUAGCUUUAUUUUUGUAUGCCCAACCUACAAUAGUAGUAUUGGCAUUAUGUUUUCUGGUCUGUGCGUCUGUUCGUCCUUCCGUUUGUCCGUCCAUCUGUCUGUCCCGCUUCAGGUUAAAGUUUUUGGUCAAGGUAGUUUUUGAUGAAGUUGAAGUCAAAUCAACUUGAAACUUAGUAUACAUGUUCCCUAUGAUAUGAUCUUUCUAAUUUUAAUGCCAAAUUAGAGUUUUGACCCCAAUUUCAUGGUCCACUGAACAUAGAAAAUGAUAGUGCGAGUGGGGCAUCCGUGUUCUAUGGACACAUUCUUGUUUUUCAAACUUCAGACUAAGCUUAGAAACCAAAUGCAACGUCUUGUUAAUAUAUGUAUAAUCUCAAUGUCUUGUAAUUCCAAAAGAUUUGGAAGUUAACGCAAUAUAGAAAAUACACCUACUUUUUCUUAUCACUACUACUGCAAGGAAACAACAUAUUACCUUAAAAUGGUGAAGAAGUACAUUUGUUGUAUAAAAAUAUUACAAUUUUACAAAUGGGCUUUUCUCAUUGAUGAAGGCCAUUUGGGGGACUAUGAUUACCUAAAUCCACUUCAUUUGAACGCUGGUUGAUAGUUGUCUCAUUGGCAAUUAUGCCAAAUCUUCUUAUUUUUAUACUGUUGAACAGUUUUUCUUAGUACACUUCCUCUUAUACAAUCUCAUCACCAUCCAACUUUGUUUUAUAAGGCGGAAACCUUGUGUAGUAGCUUAUUUUGUAUAAAUAUCAAAAUACCUCUCUAAUGUGACCAGUGAAGCUAUUAAUUUGAAAUUACUCCCUAAAAACAACCAUUACAUAGGUACACCUUUAUUCAUACAAUAAAAAACAUUUGAAAGUACUAUUUUUUUAAACAAAUGUAUACACGCAAUAGAAAAGAUGGAAGUAAUAAUUCAUGAGAUGGACAGAAUGAUACUUACUGAUGUCGGAAAUAAAUCAUCCACAAAAAACCUUGGUAUAGUCAAUACUUUAACAUUAAGUCUUGUUAUCAAACACAGAAAGGAAUCAGUCCUUUCUGCAUUUUAAAACAUAUCAAAUAUAUACUCAAGAUGUGAUAUAUAACAAAAGGAAUGCGUAUAGGAUGCAAAUCUUUUUACCACUUUUCAUACCUUAUUAGACUCUACUUGUUUUGUAAUAAUGUAUUCUUUUGAUACUUUGUAUUUUAAAAGUAGGUCUAUAAACUUUUUAGGCAUAAAUAAUUUUGCUAUUAUCUUGAAAAAGAAAAUUUAUUGAAAACCAUAGAUUAUGUUGAAUUUUAAAACUAUUUCUCUCAUUGUUCUUAACCUUUAUGGGUAUUUCUAAUGAUGGUUUUGGUUGUAUUCAUUGAAUCAUUUUAACAAAACUAUUUAACUUCCAUUGUAAAUACUACCAUUUGCUUUAUUUAAAUGAUAACUGUUCUGUAUUUAUAUAUAUAUCAUAAAUUAGCAAGGUUAAUACUGUUAUUAAAAGUACAUAUGUUAUACUGUGUUUUAAGAUUGAAUGAUCUUAUUGUAAAAAUCUGGUCUUAAGAGGGAAGCUUGUAUAACUUGAUAAUCUUCUUUUUAUUUUUAAUUGCUUUAAUGUUGACCUGGUAAUUUAUUGCCUUAAAAUAUUUACAUUUUUUAGGAAUGUUUUUACUUUUUCAUUGUGUAGAAUGCUUUAACAAAUAUGUAUACUGUAGGUUGCAAUUAGUUCCUCACUCUAUAAAUAAAUGAUAAAAUGUUCUUUAACUUAUGUAGGUAUAAGUGGAACACCAGAAAUUGACCAUGUUCUAAAAUACAAUGUUCCUGUUUGUUAAUACUGUAAAACAUGCAGUCACAUAGCAUGUUCCUGUUUGUUAAUACUGUAAAACAUGCAGUCACAUAGCAAGUGUUAAUUCAAAAUUGUUAUUGAAAUCAUGUAAGUUAUGAAAAGACUUGAAAAUACCAGAGACUAUACACUGAAGUAACUACAUACUAGAUAUCUUAUUUUAAAUAGAAAUGUAACAGUAUCUUAAGUGAACCUUUCAAUGUUCACAAGUACAUGUACUUAAACUGUUCAGCAUUAUUUACAACUUUUUUUAGCUGCAAAAUUGCCACUAUUUUUUUCUGUUGUUAAUUAUCAUGAAUGUGAUGGUAGUGGAAAUAAAGAUAACUAAUAAUUGCUGAUAAAACACAUCAAUAAAUAAAUUAAAAUACAUCCAGGAUGGGCGCAGGACAUUUUAGAGAAAUAUUUGUAACUAAUGGGAGACAAAUUAGCACAGACAUUAUAGCCCAUUGUAGCACCCGAUUUAUCUGUUCACCUGUAUUUUUGAUAGCCAAUAUUAGCAAAAACUUACCUGGUUGAAUAAUAAUCACCAUAACAAAAUUGUGAAUAGUCAGUGGGAAAUCUAGUGAUUAAGAACAAUAGAAAAUUCACUCCUAUGAAAAAGUUGAGAAAAUCAAUAAUAAAACAAUGUCGGUGACGAUACUGAUCAAAAGUUACAUCUUAACAACAAUUGUACAGUUUAAAGAAAUUGUUUGUCAAACUGUGUUAUUACAAAUAUACAUUCUAAUACACAAUGUUUUAAGUUCAGUAUUUAUCGAGAUAAUUGCAUUAGAAGCUUAUGAAACUGAUAUCUAAAAAUCUUUGCUGCAUAUUGAUACAAAAAUUUGGAAAGAGUCAUGUACAUACAAAAUCUAAAGAUCUUUUAGGUUCCCAAUUUUUGGAGUGUUCCACAAAGUCCUUACACAUACAAGUUUUCGAGUACACUGGUCUACUCUUAUCACAGGAACAUUUAAUAUAGAAAUAUUGUGUUUUCCGGAAUAUAACAAUUUAAAAGUCUGUUUGUGCAGGUUCAAAGGUUGUCUCAAUUUUUGUACACGUAUUUGUGGUCAUCAUGAUCUAUUCACAUCCAAUGUUAUACUUUUGCACUAAAAUGUCACAAUAUUUUUUGCUAAAAUGUCCUCUGCCUUCCAAGACAUACAAUAUUAAGGUUUUUUAUUUUAUCAAAGUGUAUUUGCAAUGGGAAAACAAGAUUUAUAUAUAAUGAAUUAUUACACAUCAGACCAGAGUGAUAUUUUGUAAUCAAAAUUGUUAAGUUGUUGUAAAGAUAUUGAUUUACAAAUAAAAUGACAUAUAUUGUACUUGACAAAUAAGAUAUUUAUGAUUAACCGCUCAUUUUUUAGACAUUUUGUUUUACAUUAUGGAAACAUUUUAUAUUUCAUUCCUUUUCAGAUACUAAUAAAUACUAAUUUUUUAUUCAAUGCUUUUGUUAGAAAGUACUUAAGUUCUUAAGGUUAGCCAUCUCUUUAUUAAACAUUGGGAAAAUUUUCUUUUUUUCCCUUAUUUUUAGCCUCUUGGAUUUAGCUAUUUUUAUGAGGUGUGUCCUUUAGAAUAAGUCUGUUUGAUCAAUUCACAUUUUGAACUUCUUAACUGCAUGAUAAAGACAGGGAUCACAAAUGGAUUGAAAUAAAACUUGGCAGAAAUGAC